AUGACGGGGGAGACAAGUUGUCAGAGACAACGGGCGCAGAGCACCUCUGGCGGCGCCGCCGCGGGCGCCAGGCUGCCCUCGCGGUGGGCGCCAGGCGCCGUCGCGGGCGCGGCGCAGUCUUUGGCCUCGGCGUUGCCGUUGGCGGCCGCGCUGCCAUUGGCGGCGCGGAGGCGGCACGGCCGGAGGCGGCGGCGCUCGGCGAGGUGCCUGGUGAGCGGGGCCGCGCUGGCCGCUGCGGCGCCGGCCGUGGGCGAGAAGGCGCCGGCCGCCGGAGGACUCGGAUCUCAGAGUUCAUCUGCGACGUUCGUCGCGAAGCGGAUCGACGAUAUAGUCAUCUGCGUUUACAGCGCGAAAGAAGUAUGGGAAGCCAGGAGGCGCAAGCAACAAGAGUGGACUAAGGACUCGUCGAUGCUGGAGAACGAUGACGAGUCCCUCCAAGACUUCACGCCAACAGUGGGUGACGUUGUACGUUUUUCUGGAGGCGCCCUCGGCUUCGUCAUUGCUAUAAACGACCUCUGCUUCACGGUGGCGCUGGAGGAUCCGAAGGCCUCCGUCGCCGAGAAGGACAAGCUGGAGUUCAUGUCCAAGGGGCUGCGCCCUGGCGCCAGGGUGCCCAAGACUGGCGGCGUGGUGGUGGACAUGACCGGGAACGUGAUGAGCCUGGACACGGAAUACAAGCCGACUCCUUGGCGCGGCACCGGAGAAGCCGCAGAGAGUCACGCGUAUUGGUUCAACGACCUGACGCCGCUCAUAAGCAGGCAGCGCAUCAACGAGCCCAUGCACGUUGGCGUUGUGGCGUUGGACGCGUUCGUGCCGAUUGGCCGGGGACAGUCGAUGCUCCUGCGCUUGCCCCCGCGGAUCCAGAGGGAGGAGAUGAAGGAUCGUUUGUCGCCCACGUCAUCGAGGCCCAGGCAGCCUCCGACGUGCAGUGCGUGGUCCCCGCGCCCACGCCCGAGGCCGGCCACGAGAUGCUCGAGGCGAUCCGGGAGGCGUGCCCGUCGGCGGCCGAGAGGUUGA